AUGGCGGCUGUGCUGAAGGCGGAAGGUAAAGCAGCUCUAACACCUCCCGCUCGGUCCGGUCCGGUUCCUUUGACCCGGGUUAUCUCGGUGUAUCUCGGGAUACGCGUCGGCUGUCAGGCCCGGGGUCAGCACGCUUUGAGCCCCGGAGGCGGAGCCUGCAGCUCGGCUGUCGGAGCUCCAGAGGAGCCGCGACAGAACCCGGACAUCGUGCUGGUCCACUACCUGAAUGUGCCGUCCCUGGAGGAUUCUGGGAAAUGCAGUCCGCUGCUGUGCGCGGUGUCCGACCGCCAUGACAGCGUGCGUUGGAGCCAAGACGACCUGCUGAACCAGCUGAAGCCCAUGUUCCACAGCAUGAAGUGUUCGGUCGGUUCUGGUGAUUUCAGCAUCGAGGAGUUGGUUCAGCACAUUCUGGACCGGCAGAGAACCAAACCACAGCCGCGCACACACGCCUGCCUCUGUAACGCUGCCCAGGGUAACGCCUCUCUGCCCUCCCUCGCUCUCUCCCUCUCCCCUACCUCCACCCCUCCCUCCUCUGUCUCCCCUCCCUCCUCCCUCUCCUCCUCCUCUGAGGCGGACAGGCGAGACUCUGCCGCCUCCUCCUUCUCGUCCCCGCCCUCGUCCUCCCUCCCCCCCUCGCUGGCCCCGCCCCUCCUCCCCCUCUGCCUGGAGCUGGAGAGGGAAGAGGCGGGGGGCGACGAAGAGGAGGAGCACGGUGAUGAUGAUGAUGAUGAUGAUGAUGAUGAUGAAGGCAGAGCUCCGCCCACUAAGUUGGCUCUGCUGCAGACAAGCCACGCCCCCUCCGGCUCGUCUCCACGGCAGCAGACAGCAAGUAGCGCUGCAUCGCUGCUCCUGGUUUGUCAGGACUCAAAAAGCCAGCCGGCCAAUCAGACGAGGCGGCAGGCGGACGGACAGCAACCAUUGGUCCUUGGACCACCCUUUAAUCAUCUGACUGCCCCUGAGGCUCCGCCCCUCGCUCAGCUGUCAGUGUUCACUAAUGCUAAAGCUAACAUAGCGAGCAGCGACGCUGACUCCACCCCUGCUGCUGUUGCCAUGGAUACCACUCAGGCGGCAGCCCCGCCCCCAAUCCAAGUGAAGGAGGAGAGUAGGAGGGCCUACGACUCGGAGGACACCUGCAUGGACACACACCUGGAGGAGGAGGCGGAGCCGUGUGAGCGCGGAGGGGAGGAGCUUGACAUCUCCUUUGACAGCCAGUUCCCCGACCUCAUCUCUGACCUCAUCACCGAGGAGGCCAAUCCCGUCGUAGCUCACUCCACCGCCGCAGCGCCAAGCCCACCCAUCUUCCCGGCCGGGGUCCGAUACAUGGUGCCGCCCCAGCCCUCCCCCUCCUCCUCCUUCCUCCCUUUUCCUCACCCGCUGCCCUCCUCCUCCUCCACACGCCUCGCCGCCAUCACAGACUUCUCCCCAGAGUGGUCGUACCCCGAGGGAGGGGUGAAGGUGUUGAUAACUGGACCGUGGAGCGAGCUGUCGGGUCGGUACUCGUGUGUCUUUGAUCAGAGCACCGUCCCCGCGUCGCUGAUCCAACCUGGAGUGCUGCGCUGUUACUGCCCAGCACACGAGGCCGGUCUGGUGUGUCUGCAGGUUCUGGAGUCUGGAGGUUCUGUUUCUUCUUCGGUUCUGUUCGAGUAUCGAGCGAGGAACGCCAGCUCGCUGCCCAGCUCGCAGCUCGACUGGCUGUCAUUGGACGAUAAUCAGUUCAGGAUGUCGAUUCUGGAGCGGUUGGAGCAGAUGGAGCGCAGGAUGGCAGAGAUGGCCGCCCGUGACAACAACAACAACCAGCAACAACAACAACAUCACCAUUAUCAUCAACACCAACAGCAACAUGGCAGCCAACUGGCCACACCCCCUCCUCCACCUCUACCUGAGGAUCAUGAACAGGUGAGCUGCUGUACACACACACACCUGAUACACACUCUGAUCCACUGGAGGAGUGUGAACAGCGACAGUCUGGACCUGGAACAGGAAGUCGAUCCUCUCAACAUUGACCACUUCUCCUGCACGCCGCUGAUGUGGGCGUGUGCUCUGGGCCACCAGAGGGCAGCAGAGCUCCUGUAUGGCUGGAACAGUUCAGCUCUGGGGAUCCCUGAUUCGCUGGGACGCCUGCCGCUCGCCGUGGCUCGCUCUCGUGGUCACACCCGCCUCGCCACGGCGCUGGAGGAGCUGCACACGCACACACACAUGAUGCCCGGGGACACACACACGCCUCCGGAGGAUACAGACACGCCAGCCACGCCACAACCACAGCAGCCGCCGUCUCCUUUGUCCACCAGCCCGGACACAGGUCUGAGCUCCUCCAGCAGCCUCCCCUCCCCCAGCGACCCCUCCUCACCCUCACCAAGCUCCGCCUACUCGAGUGCCCCCGCCCCCAUGGACACCUCCCCCUCGUCUCCUUCCUCCUCCUCCUCCUCGCUUCCUGUCUCCCCUCCCUCCCCCUCCUCCCUCCCUCCUGUGUCUAUGUGGGGGGAGGAGCCGAACGCCGGGCCCGGCACAGGUUUGAACCCCGGCGGCUCCAGAGACUCCUCGCUGUACCUUAUGGACUAUGAGAGCGCCUCACCUGGACACACGCACACCUACCUGCACACACACAUGGCCGGCGGCGGGCGGCGGGCACACAUAACGGCGACGCUGGAGGAGCAGCUGCUGAGCUACAGCGAGAACGUCGAGAACGAAGGCGAGGAGGAGGAGUACCUCGAGGAGGAGGUGCUGCAGGUUGACAUGGCAACACUGGCAGAGCAAAUCAUUGAGGCGACCCCGGAGCGAAUCAAACAGGAGGACUUCCCCAGAGGGGCGGAGUCUCCGCUCAGGGAGAGGCGGGACAACCCAGCUAUACAGGACACCUGGCUGGCUACCUACCUGGAUACGGUUGACGCCCACACACAUUCCCCGCCCAGGCGGGUGUGCCCUCCCUCGCCGCUCAGUGCCCUGGCCCUCCAGAGGCUCCGACCCCCCUCCUCUGCAGCGUGGGCGGAGUUCCUGAAUGCCUCGGCCAAUGGGAAGAUGGAGAGAGACUUCGCCCUGCUGACGCUGACAGACGGAGAGCAGAGGGAGCUGUACGAGGCCGCCAGGAUCAUCCAGAACGCCUUCAGGAAAUACAAGGGUCGAAGGUUAAAGGAGCAGCAGGACAUGGCUGCAGCUGUUAUCCAGAGGUGCUACAGGAAGUACAAACAGCUAACAUGGAUAGCUCUGAAGUACGCCCUCUACAAGAAGAUGACCCAGGCAGCCAUACUGAUCCAGUCCAAGUUUAGGUCGUACUACGAGCAGAAGCGUUUCCAGCAGAGCCGGCGGGCGGCGGUCCUCAUCCAGCAGUACUAUCGCAGCUACAAGGAGUACGAGAGGCUCAAGCAGGCGCCGAGAGGGGCCGCCAGCCACAACCCCAAAAUCAAGGGGUCGUUCUUGACAAAGAAGCAGGACCAGGCAGCGAGGAAGAUCAUGAGGUUCCUGAGGCGCUGCAGACACAGGAUUAAAGAGCUGAAGCAGACGAGGGAGCUGGAGAGGAGAGGACUGACCACUUAAAGCAUUUCAUCACCAGUAAAGAGAAGAAAUGACUGAUGUGACAGAGAGAUGCCUUACCCCACGCCAUGUCUGUCUGUCUGUCUGUCUGUCUGUCUGUCUGUCUGUCUGUCUGUCUGUCUGUCUGUCUGUCUGUCUGUCUGUCUGUCUGUCUGUCUGUCUUCUCUCCUGAAUGUAGCUGUCUGUCUGCAGCUUAAAGAGCUUCAUUCAAAACCGUCACGCCGUCAGUGAAAUGUUAAACGCUGAACGUCUUUGACGAUGACACCUGAAAGCAUCACGAGUCCGCCACCGCAGCUGUUUGUCACAGAUGCAUGCUGGGAUACCUCCUCGUCUAGAGUAAAUGAUGUGGUCCCAGAAUGCACUGCUGUUUUCACAGCGCGGCGCGUUGGACGGUUUCUGAGCAGAGCUCUGGGUUUGGAGUGGACAGACUUCAAAGUGUACAUGACGAAUACAAAGCUACUAUAAAUAUAUUUAAACACAAUCACGUAUACGUGAAGAUAUAAAGAUAUAUUCAUUCUAAUGUUGGACUUUAUAGAUGCUAUGGAUGUUUUUAUUUAUUACAGCAUGUGAGAGAGUGUGUGUGUGUGUGUGUGUGUGUGUGUGUGUGUGUGUGGACUGUAAGGUCGAGUCUUAAGGACCCCCACCCAACAACCCCACGUGACCUCUGACCUCAUCAACCGAUCAAAACUGUUAAAGAACCUUGAUGGUGACUCAGUGUGACAUCACCUCAUGAUGAUGUCAUCAGCUCCGUCAUCAUGUUUUAAUUAAUCAGGCCGAUCCCUAACGAGGAGGGGGGCGUGGCCUCCUUUCAUGUGUCCUGCUGAGAGAGUGUGAUGUAACCGUGAUGUCACAGGUCAGAGGUCCAAACGUUUUUUUUGUUUUUUUUUAACAGUCGGACUAAAUGACGCUGUGCUGUUGUCACGGCAACCUCACCGUACGUUACCGAGCAUGAGCUUUCUUUAUAACGAGUUUGUCUUUGGCUGAAACGUUCACUUCCUCUUCCUGUCGUUGGGCUGUUGCAGUGAAGCUUUGCAUGAGUUUGUAUUUAACUGUUCGACAUUUGGAAAAGUUAUUCAAUAUAAAUAAUAAAUCAGCUGUUUGCUUUUC